AUGUCUGUAAAAGAGGAAAUCAGAGGCCUUCUUAGUGAAGCGGCCAAAUUUUACGCUGCCAAAGAUUACGAGACGUCGACAAAUUUGUAUUCAGAGGCUAACGCGAUGUAUGACGCGUCGACGGGCCAAAGUAACGCAGAUUACUUGUUCUUGUAUGGAAAAUCGCUGUAUCAACUCGCAUUGAGCCAGUCUGAGGUCUUUGGAGGUGAAGACGAUGGCCAAGAAGAACAACAAGACGAGGACACUGAGUCUGGCGAGGACGAAAACGACAAGGACCAACAAUUGUACCAGUUCAGCGAGACGUUAGCCGAAGGUGACGGAGUCGAAGAGAACGGGAAAGAAGGCGAGAAUAGCGGGGAAGAAGAAGGAGAAGUAGGAGAAGAAGGAGAAGGACCGGAAGACGAGGGAGAUUCACAGACCAACGACCAGACGCAAACGUCAGACUUCGAAAACGCUUGGGAAGUCUUGGAACUGGCGCGUGCGCACUACGAAAAACAGGCACAGGACCAGGAAAUACUUGAAAAGCUGUCUGAGACUUACAGCAUUUUGGGAGAGAUUUCUCUGGAGACUGAAAAUUUCCCUCAGGCGGCUCACGACCUCACACGGUGUCUAGAGCUUCGCAAGAAGGCGUACAGCGGCGAGGACCCUACUCACAGACUAAUUAUUGAGUCUCAUUACAAGCUUUUCUUGGCGCUGGAGCUCGACCCCGCUCAGAGCGCUCAAUCUCAAGAACAGCUCGAAGCGGCCGUGCAGCUGCUGGAUGCGCGUAUCAAGGACAAAAAGGGCGAGAAAGACGAUGAGGGCCUUCUGGAAGAGCUGAAACUCAAGUUGAAAGAGCUCAAAAGCUCAGCACAAUCGCUGGAAGCUCUGAAACAAGCAAGUGUAGCCCAGAUCAAAGAAGCUUUGACUGGCACCACCAAUUCCAACAAACCAGCUGCGGUUAACGAUCUCACCUCCAUGGUAAAGAAGCGUAAGCCCAAACAAGACCGAGACCAGUCAUCCAAAAAGCACAAGCUGUAG